AUGGCAAAAACUGCAAAGGCCACAAAGAGGUUCAUCUCUUCUGGAAAACUCAAGCAGCAGAUCGAGCAGAGGCACAAUCAUAAGAAGGUUAAGCAGCAGAUUGAGAAACGCAGAGGGAAGGGGAAACGGGCAGAGGAGAAGAAGACAGCAAAAGCUGUUGACGAGGAUAAGGCUCAAGAGGCAGAGGAUAAUGACCACAGACCGAAUGAAAUGACCGUGGACGACCUACUUGGUGGUGAGUUUAUGGACGAUGGCGACUCAGAAGAAGAGGACGACAACAGCAGCGCAGUGGACGACAACGAGUCAUUUGCCUCUGUAGACGAUCUAGACGCAGACGAAGAGGCACACAAGAUGGAUUUGGAGAGAUUGAAAGAGGUGGAUCCCGAAUUCUACAAAUACUUGCAGGAGAACGACAAGGAGCUGCUGGAGUUCGGCAACGAGCCUGAGGAGAUGAAGGAUGCUGAAGAUGUGGACGUGGAAGUGGACGAAGCAGAGAUCGCGAUGGAAGAAGAAGAGGAUGAGAUCGCCGUUCCUUCCACUGCGAAAGAGGUGACGAAGGAGAUGCUACGCGCGUGGCAGAGGUCCAUCCUCGAGCACCAUUCGCUGCGUUCUCUCAGAGGCCUUCUACUCGCAUUCCGUGCCGCGGUACAUAUGAAUGAAGAAGAUGGGACGCAAUAUGCGUACUCCAUAGGCAGCUCGGCCGUAUAUAACAAGCUCGUUGUUACUGCCUUGAAGUACACGUCGAUCGUCCUUUCUCAUCAUUUACCUUACAAAACUCUUCCCGACGGACGCUACAAACCUCCCGCACAGACGAAGAAAUACUCCACCCUGCAGAAGAUGAUUCUCUCUUUCUUCAGUAACGUCCUUCACCUCCUCUCCCAGCUCCCAGACGGCGACAUGAAGCUCCUCGUCCUAUCCGAGUCGACGAAAGUGAUCCCAUACAUCGUCUCUUCCCGGAAAGUCGUCAAGGACUACCUCAAGCAGCUGCUCGACGUCUGGUCUAGCGGGUUCGAUGACGUGCGCCUGACUGCGCUCCUCGCUAUUCGGCGACUCGCGGCUAGUCCCGACCAGAGUAUACUCGACAUUUGCCUGAAAGGGACUUAUGUCUCUCUCGUCCGCUCUUCCCGGGUAACGACGGUGCACACCCUGCCCUCGAUCAACCUGAUGAAGAACUCUGCUAUGGAGCUGUACAUCCUCGACCACGAGGCGGCGUAUCAGCACGCAUUCCGUUAUAUCCGCCAGCUCGCCGUCCACCUCAGGGAAAGUAUGAAAGUCAAGAGCAAGGAGGCAUACAAGGCUGUCUAUAACUGGCAAUAUGUGCACUCGCUCGACUUUUGGGCUGGUGUCCUCGCCAAGGCGUGUGAUCGGGAUGCACUGGGAGAGAGCGCACUACAUCCACUCAUAUACCCUUUGGUGCAAGUGACGAUCGGGGCGAUCAAACUGAUUCCAACACCCCGCUAUUUCCCACUGCAUCUCCACUGCGUCCGUUCCCUCCUUCACCUGAUCCGCCACACGGGGGUGUUCAUCCCCCUCUCUCCCUUCAUCCUGCAAAUCCUCACAUCAUCCGAGUUCUCGCACAAGCCCAAGCCCUCAACCCAGCGUCCGCUCGACCUGGAAGCCUUUAUCCGCGUCCCAGCACCGUAUGUCCGCACCAGACUGUACCAAGAUGCCCUUGCGGAGGAAAGCGCCUACCUGCUCGGAGAAUGGUUCGAGACGUGUGCGCAGAGCAUAGCUUUCCCCGAGCUUGCUGUGCCAGUGACGAUCCUCGUCCGGCGGAUGCUGAAAAGGUCCAGCAGUGUCAAGCUCGCAACUACUCUCAAGCCGCUUGUAGAGCGUCUGGAGGAGCACGCAAAGUGGGUCGAGAAACGACGUUUGGGAGUAGUAUUCGGUCCGGCGGAUACGGCGGAAGUAGAGAGGUUCGAAGCGGCUAUUGGGGUUCCCGAGAGCCCGUUGGGCAAGUGGGUGAAACUCCAGCGGAGGGCGAGGGAGAGACGCAAGGCAGUGAUCGAGAAGGUAAGCAAUAUUCAAACCGCGUGGCUUGACGCUCAUUGGAAGAUAGGCGAGAGAGGGUGCAUCGGAGAUGGUGGACAACUAGGGAAGCGUGCCCUCGUAAAAGUUAUGCACUAG